AAUCUAGGAUUUGUUGGUGGACGUCGCCGUUGUUGUCGCAGUUGUCGAAACUACUGAACGCUGAAUCCAUCGAGGUUUUUUACAAGGUGUGUAUUCUGUGUCUUUAUCCCGCGCCCACAUCAUGUCCUGCUUGCGACGGGAAUACCCCGUUGCCCUGGUCAAAGUUCAACGGCUUGUUUUGCGCGCCAUCUUCGGUUUUUAUCUGUCUGCGGCGGGAGCACUCUUCUGGUGUUUACAUCUGGCGGCGCUGCGCCAAAAGACGGAAGAAGACGAAAUCAUGACGAUUUGUACCUCUUUGGCGCUGCGUCGACGCUGUGACGGCUCUGGAGUUGUGCGGAUGUCAAUGCGCGGGGAGCAGCAAAUCAAGCCACCCACCUCUGCGCCGCUCUGUGCGACAUACCAACGUGGUGCGACUCCGACUGCGACCUCGAGAUUUGAUACGUCGGCCGAACAGUGCCUGAGUGCAUUGUGUGUGCAUGAAAGGCGAGCUUCAUACAGAGGAUGUUUGGAUGUCUCGGAUCGUCUGAAGCCGGACAGGCGCAUCAUCUCCUUGGAUUGUGCGCCGCUAGUAUCUCGGCUCGUCGGAUUCGGGCACUGCCCUUUGGUUUUGCUGCUCAUGCAAGAUGCACCAAACCGCACCAAGCCGCCUCGCAGGGCUGCGACGAUACCUUCUUUACGAAAGCCCAGAAGCCAUGCAAUCUAGCUGCCAUUCUACACUACUUGGACGUCACAUCUGGAUUUGCGCCAAGUCGCCGGCAAAGCCUUUAACCGAUCGACACAGUUAUAUCCAAGCUUUUGACUUGGACAGCGACAAUGUUCUCGACUGCGCAUUAUUUCCUACGUCUACAUCUUUAUUCCUGCCCUGCCGGCUUCUUUUCGCAAAUCCCCUGCAGCCGUCCUAGCGAGGGAAUUUCUUGCAGCCAA